AUUUAAACGGUGUUGACACUAAAAGUUUCCGCUCAAAGUUGUUUACAGUGGAAACGAUUUUUAAAAAUAUCAUGUUUACACAAAUUUUAAGAUUAUCUUUUGAAGGGUAAUGCAUCUCUGUCCUGAUCAACUGUGAAUUCUAUAGAGGACUAUUAUAAAAUGGCAUCAAUGCAUCUACCUAGCACUCUGGGUGCUCCAACAUCUCAGUACAAAAUACAGUGCAAUUCUGGUUCAGUAUUAAUUGGAGAUCGAGAGUUCUUGUCAGCCACUGAUGCUCUUGAAGCCUACCUAAGCCAGUAUGAAAACCAAGGUUUCUUCAGCAAUCAACCGACAUAUAAGAGAACAGUUAAUGAUUUACUGAAUCCGAAAUCAGCACUGCAUAUGACUGCGGAACGCUCGUUAGAGACAGGGAUUCGAGCUACAGAUAAAGAGCUUCAUUUAGCAGAUCAAAAAGAUAGCAUCAAUGAGUCUCUUCUAAAUAUGAAGAAAUCUGUGGCCUUGAAAGCAGAAGCAAAGAAAAACUAUUACCGUAAACAGAGAGAAAGAGUUCAGGAAGCACUGGACAAGUCACAGGAAUUGAUACGUCAAAUCAACACUGAUGAGUUCAACAAUAAAACCGAUGUUCCGAGCGAAGUCGGUAGCCUGGCUACAGAUGUUCUGGUUUCCAUGAACCCAGUUGAAGGCUAUAAUGUUACAGGGGAAGAGGGAACAAGUAUGUUACCAUCGUGGAAAAGCAAACACGUGUUUGGCUAUAAGCGACCAAGAAAUCGUCGGUCAAAAACACUGAGUAGUAUACAGAUUGCCCAUGAUAUGAUGGGAUUAAAUGCUGAUCAUCCACAACAGAGCUUCACGGCUCAACCAAAUGAAAAAACUCCUGCACAUGUGACAUUCCACGAUGCUGAUGUAUCAAUUGGCCAUUCAAAAAGAGAGACCAGUAAAUAUGACGAUGAUGUUUCCCUGUUACUAGGAGAGUCUCCAAACACUUCUCGUUUAUCGAGGUCACCGGCUAAAACUCUUCGUGAAAGAAGCCGAUCUGUGUCUCCUUCAAUCCUGAAAAGAGAAAGAAAAAUGUUUGAAUCGGGACUAAGAGAUAAACCUAUACCUGAUUUCUACACUGAUUUUAAUACUUCAACUCAGAAGGCUCCAAGCUGGAUAGAUACAAUGAAUACAUCUGAUAUGUCAGACACUGAUUGGAAAAAACGUGAUUUUACUGUAUCAAAACCACCACCAAGCUGGGUGAAUGACAUUGAUAAUUCUGAUAUUACAAGUGUUAUUUCGGCACCAAAACCAAGUAAAAAGCUAGAAUUUCAUGACUUAUUACGACCACUCCCUGUGAUUAAUACUCAAAAUCAUUCAAAUUCAUAUAACAGUGAUGCCAAUGAUACUCUGCCACCUCCUGGUCUAACAUAUAAAGAUCUUGUAGGGGACACUCCAAACCUUAAAACCAGUAAUACUCGAAAUCAGGGUCGGUCAGACUCACCAACAUUGUCUGAUAAGCUCAGCCAUCUAAAAUCUAAAACUGAUGCUGCCAUGCAAAGAUAUCACGAAAGAAUGCAGUCAGAUAUAAAUCUGGACACCCCAUCAAAGGGAAGUAACCCAUACUCUGGUGAUGUUCCCCGUUGUUCAAGUUUAGACACAGCAGCGUUGAUAGCGGGAAUCCCUCCACCAGGAAAUUGUGACAUAAGUGGAGCUUCACCUAUAAAAGCCAGAGACAAUGAUAGCACUAUAACAGGAGCUGGAAGUCCAGGAAAAGGCCGCAGAACCCCUGAUACUGAUAUUGUUCUAGAAGGGGACAGACCCUGGGAGAAAGUGGUGCCAUUCAAAGCUCCGGUGUCUGUGACCAAGAAAAAUAAAGGUGACGCUAAUGACGAGCAAAAUUAUUCUGGUGGAUCUCAGCCUGGUAGUUUGGAGGCAUUAAAGAACAUGAUAUUUAAGUUACAACAAGAGGCUGUACACACAGACAGUGAGGAUGAAGGUUCCAGAUCUAAGCUUUCAGAGAGGAAGCAGCCAUUUUUAGGUAUUCAGGUGCCAGUAGAUACGCAGACAGAUAAAGCUCCUGGAGAUAUACCAUCACUGAAAGGUUAUGACUUUCAUGGAGAACCAGGAGGGCAAUCUCUAGAAAAAGCUUUGGUACAUUUAGAUCGCCUCAAAAAUAAUGGUCAGUUCAAAGCAAGGUGAAGGUCAGACUGGAUCUGGUAGGAGUUACUCCCCUUUGUGCACAUAUGGAAGAUAAUUUUUAGACAACAUAAUUGAUGAAAUAUUCAUGACUUUGUAUAAUUGUCAGUGACA